UUCAGACUUUUUAGGUAUGCUCGAUGCAGUGACUUGCUACUCAUUGCUAUUGGAACGAUGUUUGCGGUGUGUCAUGGGGCAAGCUUUCCAAUUCUUGCUCUCAUCUUUGGACAAAUGACGAACACCUUAAUUGCACAGAGCCUUGAAACCAACUCUUCGACUGAAUAUGACAAUAUAACUUCUAGCGGAUCAUCUGUCUACAACUUCUCUGAUUGGGAUUCUCGUGCAGACAAGAAGCCACCAUGGACCAACCAACAACCUGACUUCAUGCAGUAUAUGACACAGUAUUCAAUCCUUUACACUUACCUUGGCGUGGGUGUCUUUAUUGCAUCUUUCUUGCAGACAUUGUGUUGGGAGUUGGCGUGCGAACGCCAAGUAUAUCAGCUCCGCCAAAUUUUCUUUGCCCAGGUUCUGCGUCAAGAUCUCAGUUGGUAUGACUGUAACCAUGGAGGUGAUCUUACUACCAAGCUGUCCGAUGAUUUGGAACGUGUGCGAGAGGGUCUGAGUAGCAAAUGCAGCCUAGUGAUUCAGUAUGCGUCAACAUUUGUUUCUGGAAUAAUUGUUGGAUUUAUCACAAGCUGGAAGCUCACCUCUGUAGUUAUGACAGUGGGGCCAUUUUUUAUUGGAACAUCAGCCUAUCUAGCCAAGAUCACAGCUACGUCGUCAGCACGGGAGCAAGAGAAGUACGCAGUGGCAGGAGGAAUCGCAGAACAGGUGCUGAACAAUGUAAGAACUGUCAUGGCCUUUGGCAAACAGAAUUACGAAAUACAACGAUUUGAUACUGCCCUAGAAGCUGGACGUAUUCUUGCUAUGAAGAGAUAUUUUAUCCUGUCAGUAUGUGUAGGAACUGUAUUCUUUCUCAACUACAUAGGAUAUGGACUGGCAUUUUGGUAUGGCUCAGAGCUAGUCACAAAUAGUGAAAUAACACCUGGUAGUGUUUUCACGGUAUUCUUCAGUGUCAUGUCUGGCGCUUUCUCCCUGGGCCACGCGAUGCCGUAUAUAUCUGUUGUUAGUACAGCAAUCGGAGCAGCAUCGACCCUGUUUGCUAUCAUUGAUCGUGUACCAGACAUUGAUCCGUAUUCCAACGCUGGAGUAAAACCAGAAAAAGUACGAGGUGAAAUUGAACUGAGAGACGUUACCUUUUCUUACCCAGCACGUUCUGGAGUCCAGGUUCUUGAUGGAAUAAAUUUGAAAAUAAAAGCUGGAGAGACAGUGGCGUUGGUUGGCGCAAGUGGCUCAGGAAAAAGCACAAUUUUGUCCCUUCUAUUACGUUUCUACGAUCCCACAUCUGGACAGGUUCUGCUGGAUGGUAUGGAUGUGCGCAAGAUGAAUGUGCCCUGGUUGCGCAGCAAAAUUGGAGUCGUGUCCCAGGAACCAAACCUGUUCGGAACGACCAUCUAUAACAACAUUAGUUAUGGGUACCCUCAUCAAGUAGGACACCGUGACAUCGUGAAAGCCUCUCUGAUGGCCAACGCCCAUUCUUUCAUCUCGGCACUUCCGAAGGGUUACCAUACAGUGGUGGGUGGAUCAGUUGGUUCAUCUCAGCUGUCUGGAGGCCAGAAACAGAGGAUUGCCAUUGCAAGGGCCUUGAUUCGAGACCCACCGAUUUUACUGUUUGAUGAAGCUACGUCUGCGCUUGAUUCAAGGAGUGAACAGAUAGUUAAAGACACCCUGAAACAGGCAUCUAAAGGAAGAACAACUAUCAUUGUUGCUCACAGGCUGUCUACUAUUUUUGAGGCUGACUGCAUAUAUGUUCUUAAGGAUGGAGCAGUGAGGGAGCAUGGAACUCAUUCAGAAUUGCUGUCGAUGAAAGGCCAUUACUACUGUCUCAUACAAGCGCAAAAAAGUUGUGGAGAAGAAGUCGGAAAUAUAUUAGAAGAUCCAGUGGAGGACAACAACAAUUUCAAGAUGACAAAGGCGCCAAUAUCUAGAAAUAGAAUUCCAUCACUUGGUUCAUCAAUUGAACAAUUGGCUCUCGCUGUGAAAGAGAAUUUACGUCAUGGACCAAAAGGCAGUAAAGGUCCAAUGUGGAGGCUGUUGAAACUGAAUUCACCAGAGUGGAAGGCUCUGUCUCUUGGAUUCUUUGGCUGCAUGUGCACAGGAGCCAUUAUGCCCAUGUUUGCCAUUUUCUAUGGAGAGAUGUUUAAUACUUUUCAGCUCUCUGGUCAAGAACUCAAGAAGUCAGCAUUGUUCUGGACAGUGAUGUUUGUCGUGCUGGCGUUCGGAGCAGGUUUCAGCGCCUAUCUUCAGGGCAUGUAUAUGACGACUGCGUGUGAGAAGUUAGUGAAGAGGCUACGUCUCCUUGCAUUUACAAAUAUACUCCACCAAUCUGUCAGCUGGAUGGACCAGGAUGAUAAUUCUCCUUAUAAACUGUGCACACAGUUAGCUCGAGAUGCACCUCUAGUGAAAUCAGCAGCCGGACUGCGGGCUGGACAGGUUCUUGGGGCCCUUGUCACACUUAUUUCAGCACUUGUUAUUGCGUUUGUGUUCGGAUGGAAACUUGCAUUUUUAUUGGUGAUUGCUGUGCCUGUAUUAGUGUUUGCAAGUUAUCAGCUGACUCUGAUCAGCAGACGUUACCAGCAACAGGACGAUCAUCUUAUGGACGUGGCUGGAAAGGUAAACUGUUUGCUGGUAGUGGAUCCAAUCAAAUAAUUUGUCUGAAGGUUGCUGUCGUCUGGGUUGUUGCGCUGUGUAGUCUGGUCGAUGUUUACCAACUUUUCAGAGGUCAUGCUGCCUCCGUCAUCAGGCCGAUGAAGUAACGAAAUGAAUAUGACACAAUAUCAGAAUCAGUAACAUAAUCAUAAUAUAACUGUGUGUAACCACUUCUUAAAUGCUUUAGAAUAUAAAUAUCUCUUAACAAAAAUAACAAGUACAAACAUUUUUGAUAGUGAAGUAUGUAAAAGAAUAAAUUAUGGGAAUGUU